UUAUCAUUUUAAAUGCAGGAUGUUGUGUUCCAGUGGCUCACAACAGGAGACAUCCACCUAAACCAGAUUGAUGCUGAGGACCCAGAGAUUUCCGACUACACGAUGGUACCAGACACUGCCACCCUUUCAGAGCAGCUCCGAGUGUGUCUCCAGGAGGGCGAUGAGAACCCUCGUGAUUUUACCACCCUCUUUGACCUGUCCAUUUACCAGCUGGAUACCACCUGCCUCCCCAAGGUCAUCAAGUCAGUACUGAGGCUGCCUGGGCUCCACACUGCAGUCCACUGUUUGAAAACAUGAGCCUGAAGACAGUAGUUAGGUCAUAGCAGAUGCAACAGGAGAACGUGUUCUCAGAUCUGUGAUGACGUC